AUGGCACAAAAAAUUCCUAACUUGAAAUUGAAGAAUGUGAUUUCUCAUAAUGAUAAUUAUAGUGAUGAUGAAAGUAAAAAUAAAAUUAGUGGAAAAUUAGAGUUGUACCUUCCGUUGGAGAAGUUGUACCUUGGUCCAAAAAAGAAACUCAUCGUGCUUAAUCUUGGUGGUUUGUUGGUUCAUAGGGUUCACAAAAGAGAUUGGUUUAGUGUUCGAACCUAUAAACCAGACUUGGUUUGCGGGAAUUUCAAAGUUUUUCAAAAUGCAGUUUUCAAAAGGCCUUUCUGUGAACCAUUCUUGAAGUUUUGCCUCGAAAGAUUUGAAGUUGGGAUAUGGUCUUCUGCCAUGGAGUUAGAUCAAGAAAAAUGUAUUGAUAGUGGAUUCAAAUGCUUGGAGAAAAAAGAAAAGCCCAUUUUCUUGAAGCAAAUGAAAAAAAUAUGGGAAAAUAAAUAUAAUAUUCUUCCUUUUCGUGGUGGAAAAUUUUCAGAAUCAAACACAAUUAUGAUUGAUGAUGAACCCCAUACUGCUCUAAUAAAUCCUGUAAGUUUUUUCGUAAUUUAUUUUUUAUACUGGCGAUGUAUAUUAUUUAAACUCGUGUAUUAUUUUAUUGAAACUAAAUCUAUAUUUCUUUGUUUGAUUUUAUUUGCAAUAGGUCCCGAGGGUGAUCUCCAGAAGUUUCUAGAUGGUCUUGUUGAUGCAAAUGAUGUUCCAACGUACGUUAAAGAACAUUCCUUAAUUGGACAACCUGCGAUAACAACUUUUCAUCCUGAUUGGAAUUACUAUGCUAAGAUUAUUGUACGUUUCGUUGGCAUAAAAAAAGAAGUUUCUUAAGUUUAGUCAGGUUGAGUAUCGGUAGUUGUAUUAGUGUCGAUAUUUGAUUUCUUUUAUAUAAUAAUAUCUAAUAUGUUAUCGUUCAUCAGUGUUACAACAUCUUGUACAUUGAUACCCAUGGUUUUUGACCCCAUUACAUAUAAACUGUCAAAAUAAGCUAGUCCAACUUAACCCUAACGAGCUAGAGAGCUAAUCGGAUUGUUAAAGGGCCUAGCAGCUCGAUCGAGCCUUAAACGGGCAACGGAUUGAGGUGUAUUGACCCUUUUAAUUAAAGAAUCUAUAAAAUAACAGUUCAACUCAACCCUAAUCAGGCCACGAUUUGGCCCUUGAACCAAAAAAUGAAAGGAAUUAGACUAUCUCAUAUGUCAAGCCCAUUUCGAUGGCUCUAAUUAGAUACAAGACUUCCAAAUAGGGGCCCAAAAGACAUUAUAUUGUCAACAUCUCUUCCUAAAUUAUCAUAUCCAUAGAGGAUUAUAAAAACAUUACAAUAACUAGAAAAACAAAAGAUAUAUUAGCCUUUUUUUCUAGUCAUGUCAGCAGCAUAAUACUUAAAAAA